CCCGCCCAGCAGCGGCCGCUCGGGCCCCUGCUCUCGGUUAUAAGAUGGCGGCGCUGAGCGGCGGCGGCGGCGGCGGCGGCGGCGCGGAGCAGGGCCAGGCUCUGUUCAACGGGGACAUGGAGCCCGAGGCCGACGCCGGCGCCGCGGCGUCUUCGGCUGCGGACCCUGCCAUUCCCGAGGAGGUGUGGAAUAUCAAACAAAUGAUUAAGUUGACACAGGAACAUAUAGAGGCUCUAUUGGACAAAUUUGGUGGGGAACAUAAUCCACCAUCAAUAUAUCUGGAGGCCUAUGAAGAAUACACCAGCAAGCUAGAUGCCCUCCAACAAAGAGAGCAACAGUUAUUGGAAUCCCUGGGGAAUGGAACUGUUUUUUCUGUUUCUAGCUCUGCAUCAGCAGACACCGUUACAUCAUCUUCUUCUUCUAGCCUUUCAGUGCUACCUUCAUCUCUUUCAGUUUUUCAAAAUCCCACAGAUGUGUCACGGAGCAACCCCAAGUCACCACAAAAACCUAUUGUUAGAGUCUUCCUGCCCAACAAACAGAGGACAGUGGUACCUGCAAGAUGUGGAGUUACAGUCCGAGACAGUCUAAAGAAAGCAUUGAUGAUGAGAGGUCUAAUCCCAGAGUGCUGUGCUGUUUACAGAAUUCAGGAUGGAGAGAAGAAACCAAUUGGCUGGGACACAGAUAUUUCCUGGCUUACUGGAGAGGAAUUGCAUGUAGAAGUGUUGGAGAAUGUUCCACUUACAACUCACAACUUUGUACGGAAAACUUUUUUCACCUUAGCAUUUUGUGACUUUUGUCGAAAGCUGCUUUUCCAGGGUUUCCGCUGUCAAACAUGUGGCUAUAAAUUUCACCAGCGUUGUAGUACAGAGGUUCCACUGAUGUGUGUUAAUUAUGACCAACUUGAUUUGCUGUUUGUCUCCAAGUUCUUUGAACACCACCCAAUACCACAGGAAGAGGCCUCCCUAGCAGAGACCACCCUUUCAUCUGGAUCAUCCCCUUCUACAGCCCCCUCAGACUCUAUUGGGCCCCAAAUUCUCACCAGUCCAUCUCCUUCAAAAUCCAUUCCAAUUCCACAGCCUUUCCGACCAGGAGAUGAAGAUCAUCGAAAUCAAUUUGGGCAACGAGACCGAUCUUCUUCAGCUCCCAAUGUGCAUAUAAACACGAUAGAACCAGUCAAUAUUGAUGACUUGAUUAGAGACCAAGGGUUUCGUGGUGAUGGAGCCCCUUUGAACCAGCUGAUGCGCUGUCUUCGGAAAUACCAAUCCCGGACUCCCAGUCCCCUACUACAUUCUCUCCCCAGUGAAAUAGUGUUUGAUUUUGAGCCUGGCCCAGUGUUCAGAGGAUCAACUACAGGUUUGUCUGCCACACCCCCUGCCUCAUUACCUGGCUCACUUACUAAUGUGAAAGCCUUACAGAAAUCUCCAGGACCUCAGCGGGAAAGAAAGUCAUCCUCAUCAUCAGAAGACAGAAAUCGAAUGAAAACACUUGGUAGACGAGAUUCAAGUGAUGACUGGGAAAUUCCUGAUGGGCAGAUUACAGUGGGACAGAGAAUUGGAUCUGGGUCAUUUGGAACAGUCUACAAGGGAAAGUGGCAUGGUGAUGUGGCAGUAAAAAUGUUGAAUGUGACAGCACCUACACCUCAGCAGUUACAGGCCUUCAAAAAUGAAGUAGGAGUACUCAGGAAAACACGACAUGUGAAUAUCCUACUCUUUAUGGGCUAUUCCACAAAGCCACAACUGGCUAUUGUUACCCAGUGGUGUGAGGGCUCCAGCUUAUAUCACCAUCUCCACAUCAUUGAGACCAAAUUUGAGAUGAUCAAACUUAUAGAUAUUGCACGGCAGACUGCACAGGGCAUGGAUUACUUACACGCCAAGUCAAUCAUCCACAGAGACCUCAAGAGUAAUAAUAUAUUUCUUCAUGAAGACCUCACAGUAAAAAUAGGUGAUUUUGGUCUAGCCACAGUGAAAUCUCGAUGGAGUGGGUCCCAUCAGUUUGAACAGUUGUCUGGAUCCAUUUUGUGGAUGGCACCAGAAGUAAUCAGAAUGCAAGAUAAAAACCCAUAUAGCUUUCAGUCAGAUGUAUAUGCAUUUGGGAUUGUUUUGUAUGAAUUGAUGACUGGACAGUUACCUUAUUCAAACAUCAAUAACAGGGACCAGAUAAUUUUUAUGGUGGGACGUGGAUACCUAUCCCCAGAUCUCAGUAAGGUACGGAGUAACUGUCCAAAAGCCAUGAAGAGAUUAAUGGCAGAGUGCCUCAAAAAGAAAAGGGAUGAGAGACCACUCUUUCCCCAAAUUCUCGCCUCUAUCGAGCUGCUGGCCCGCUCAUUGCCAAAAAUUCACCGCAGUGCAUCAGAACCCUCCUUGAAUCGGGCUGGUUUCCAAACAGAGGAUUUUAGUCUAUAUGCUUGUGCUUCUCCAAAAACACCCAUCCAGGCAGGGGGAUAUGGAGAAUUUGCAGCCUUCAAGUAGCCACACCAUCAUGGCAACAUCUACUCUUAUUUCUAAGUCUUGUGUUCGUACAGUUUGUUAACAUCAAAACACAAUUCUGUUCCUCAUAUCUUUUUUUAAAGAUAUAAAAUUUUCAAUGCAUAAGCUGUUGUGGAACAGAAUGGAAUUUCCCAUCCAACAAAAGAGGAAAGAAUGUUUUAGGAACCAGAAUUCUCUGCUGCCAGUGUUUCUUCAACACAAAUACCACGUGCAUACAAGUCUGCCCACUCCCAGGAAGAAAGAGGAGAGACCCUGAAUUCUGACCUUUUGAUGGUCAGGCAUGAUGGAAAGAAACUGCUGCUACAGCUUGGGAGAUUUGCUAUGGAGAGUCUGCCAGUCAACUCUGCCCUUCUAACCACCAGUUCAGUAUGUGGCUGAUCAUCUGAUGGGGCAAUUUCAAACACCAAGCAUCGUUCUCUUUCCUGUUCUGGGAUUUUGUUGUGGAGCUCUUUCCCCUAGCCACCACCGGUUAAUUUCCAAGGGAUGGAAUAAAAAUGCAGCAUGCCCUCUCUGUGUAGUGCAUGUUCAGUCCUAGAUAAAUUUUAUCAAGAUGAAGCUAUUUUCUUUAAAUGGAGGAUGAGUGGUGAGGAGGAGAUAUGUUUUGGUGUAGAGGAAAAGGGCAUGCUGCAUCUUCUUCCUGACCUCCUGGGUGUCUGGCCUUUUGUUUCCGUGCUUACUGAGGGGUCCACCUAACAAGCAGGCUGGAGAGUGCUGGUGCACACAUCGCCUUCCUUUCUCAUUGGGUCCAGCAAUGAAGACAAGUGGUUGGGGAUUUUUUUUCCUCCACAGUGUAGCAGAUUCUCAGGAAAAUACAAUUUAUAUCUUCCUCCUAAGCUCUUCCAGUCAACAAGUACUUACAUGUCUCUUUUGCCCAGGGCAUAAAAUGCUGUGGCAGUAUCUAAUUAAAAGCCUACAAAGCUCCUUAAUAACAGUUUUGAAUGUGAGAAAUUUAUGUAACUUAAAUGUAAGG